UGCAAUCAGUAUUAUACACAAGGUUACUCAAAUUUGCUCCUGGCUGCAGCAUAUUCGCGGCCGAAUAUCAGGAGAAUGUCAGAAUAUUCAGUACCGCCACAGGUUUUGACGGCCAGAACGGAACAAGAAUAAUUCGCGAGAAUGUAAUUUGCCUAAAAUCUGAUCCAAACCCCUGACCGAUUGGGUGCCGAGUACGAAAUUUGGCUGCCUAAAUAUGUGUGAUGUCUGUAUAUAGUCCGUCACCGCCAGAAGUAUUGUAUGCUCUGACGGACUCGUCGUUGAACCUUCAAUUAUUCCCCAGAGGCCGGCUGUUCAUCAUCUCUUAAGGCUUGACUUUUCAAUUCCAAGUACGCCGACAUGUCCUCCCACAUUCCCACCCUCCUCCGUCCAGUGAUCGCCCUCAACGGCUGGACAUUCGUCGUGGAGGGCUGGAUGUAUGCAACACGAAUUCCGGUCUUUAGAAAGCUCAAGGUUGCAUCUGAUAACACUGUCACCAAAAGCGACCUCGAUCAAAAGACUCCCGCGACUGUUCGGUGGAAAGCUGAUAAUUUCAACAAUCUGCUCGAGCAACCAACCCAGUUUUACGCCGUCGCACUGAUCCUGGCAUUUGCGCGCCGGGGGGAAGAUAAUCGGAUCGACAAUACCCUUGCCUGGACGUAUGUCGGCGUUCGAGUCUUACACAGCUUGGUCCACUGCACCAGUAACAAGGUUCGGCGAAGAUUCAGCUUGUUCGUGAUCUCUUCUGGUAUUCUGGCUGCGAUGACCGUGCGAGCGGCCUGCCUUGUAUUUUAGACCUCUUGCUUCCCGAUUGACCGAUUGAAGUCGGGUUCGGGCUCCUGCUGGAACUGACCAUGUGGCAUUGUUUACUUCCUAUUCCAGGGAAUUGUGAAUUGAGGUUUUUGUGAAUUGUAAGAUAGGUCGCAUGGAAUUGUGACCGGAUGGAUAAACUUCUCUUGUAUCUUCGUUUCUAGGGACUCAUUGCUACACACACGGAGCCAUCCAAGGAUUCGGUCAUUCUGGUACGUAUCCCCGGAAGUUGACUAUGCUAUGGAAUACAAGGUCAUUUUGAAGAGGAGAGCUUGAUGGGUUGUGUCUACUAUUGUUACCGUGGUGAUACAUGCUGUGGGCUUUACGUUUAGUAUUACGGCCUGGUUAAAUAGGGAGAUAAGACAAGGCACGAGAACAAGCAUUGAGAAGUAACGAUUGAAGCUGGAUAUAGUUCCUCCCAGCAUCCCGCAAUUGCAG